GAGCGAGGCCACACCCCCAGCCUGCCCUCUAGAGCCGAGGGUGUGAGGCGCUCCAGCAGCUCUAGUGGACUGAGCUCCUAGGGCCAUGGCCGCUGCACAGCCCCGGCUUCCCCCGGGGGCGGCCAUGGUCCGGCGCUUGGCUUGGGGCUGCUGGUCCGCGUUCUGGGACUACGAGACGCCUAAGGUGAUCGUGGUGCGGAAUCGGCGCCUGGGAUUCGUGCACCGCACGGUGCAGCUGCUCAUCCUGCUUUACUUCGUGUGGGUUGCCUCCGGAGCCGGCACCGCCCUGUCCCACAGGUACGUCUUCAUCGUGCAGAAAAGCUACCAGGACAGCGAGACCGGUCCGGAGAGCUCCAUCAUCACCAAAGUCAAGGGGAUCACCAUGUCGGAGCACAAAGUGUGGGAUGUGGAGGAAUAUGUAAAGCCCCCGGAGGGGGGCAGUGUAGUCAGCAUCAUCACCAGGAUCGAGGUUACCGCUUCCCAGACCCUGGGAACAUGUCCAGAGAGCUUGAAGGUUCACAGCUCUACCUGCCAUUCAGAUGACGACUGUGUGCCCGGACAGCUGGAAAUGCAAGGCAAUGGGAUUCGGACAGGGCACUGUGUACCCUAUUACUAUGGGGAUUCCAAGACCUGCGAAGUGUCAGCUUGGUGCCCGGUGGAGGAUGGAACUUCUGAAAACCACUUUCUGGGUAAGAUGGCACCAAAUUUCACUAUCCUCAUCAAGAACAGCAUUCACUACCCCAAGUUCAAGUUCUCCAAGGGCAACAUCGCAAGCCAGAAGAAUGACUACCUGAAGCAUUGCACGUUUGAUCAAGAGUCUGACCCAUACUGUCCCAUCUUCAGGCUCGGCUUCAUUGUGGAGCAGGCAGGAGAGAACUUCACAGAACUGGCACACAAGGGUGGUGUCAUUGGAGUCAUCAUCAACUGGAACUGUGACCUGGACUUGUCUGAAUCACAGUGCAACCCCAAAUAUUCUUUCCGGAGGCUCGACCCCAAGUAUGACCCUGCCUCCUCAGGCUACAACUUCAGGUUUGCCAAGUAUUACAAGAUAAAUGGGACCACCACUACUCGAACUCUCAUCAAAGCCUAUGGGAUUCGGAUUGAUGUUAUUGUGCAUGGACAGGCAGGGAAAUUCAGUCUCAUUCCUACCAUCAUCAAUCUGGCCACUGCUCUGACCUCUAUCGGGGUGGGCUCCUUUCUGUGUGACUGGAUUUUGCUAACGUUCAUGAACAAAAACAAGCUCUACAGUCAUAAGAAGUUCGACAAGGUGCGUACUCCAAGGCAUCCCUCAAGUAGAUGGCCUGUGACCCUUGCCCUUGUCUUGGGCCAGAUCCCUCCCCGACCUAGUCACUACUCCCAGGAUCAGCUACCCAGUCCUCCAUCAGGUGAAGGACCAACUUUGGGAGAAGGGGCAGAGCUAUCACUGGCUGUCCAGCCUCCUCGGCCUUGCUCCAUCUCUGCUCUGACUGAGCAGGUGGUGGACACUCUUGACCAGCAUAUGGGACAAAGGCCUCCUGUCCCCGAGCCUUCCCAACAGGACUCCACAUCCACGGAUCCCAAAGGUUUGGCCCAACUUUAAUCUCAUCCUAAGCUACAGACCUGGAUCUGGGAGGGCAGACGGCUUCAGCUGCUAGGCAGCCCUAGGGAAGAUCUGCACGCUUCAGUAACCAUGUCCAUGUGACUGGGAAACAGACCUGUGCAAGACGACAGGCA